GCCCGCACCGGUGCACGUGGCGCGUCGUUGGUUGGAGCCACCCUGCGACCUCCUGGACGCCCGGCCCAGCUGUUGCCGUGGGCGAAAGAUGUCCAACUUCGUUGCCUGGAGCUAAGACGAGGCAGCGCAGAUGGUUGAGCUGCAGCAGAGCGGGCGUGACGACGCGCCGGGUGUUCAUUUCUCAAAAGCGAGGACGGAAAGUCUUGGGGGCUUGCGGAUUUCACGGCACGGGCAAGAGGAUGGGAAGCCGGAGAAGGAAGCUGUCCUGCCCGUGCAGGUCGCAGGUAGACUCUUCUUUCUCGAUUUAGGCAAUCGGCGGCAGACGACGAUCCCCCCGGACGUGUUCUGCCUGGGAGAUCUGGAAGAAUUACACUUGGAAGGAAACUUGAUUGAAAGUAUCCCAGGAGAGAUCCAUCGCCUCAAGAAUGUGAAAGUCCUCUACCUGAACAAGAACAACAUACAGGCCAUAUGCGAAGAACUUGGGGAGCUGAAGUGUCUCCAGAGCUUAGAUUUAAGCAGCAAUCCGCUGUCUCUCAGUUCGCUGCAUGUCAUUAGCAAACUGCAGGCUCUUUGUCAGCUCAGGCUCUAUAAUGUGAACUUGGAUGAAUUCCCAGUGCAGAUUUGCAAAUGCCUCCAUCAUGUUGAGCUCCUUGGCCUUUCUGGCAACCAGCUGAGGUGUCUGCCUAAGGAAAUAGUGAACCUCACAAAACUGAGAGAGAUCUACUUACAAAAAAACAUAUUUGAGAGCUUUCCCAUAGAGCUGUGCCACCUUCUUAACCUGGAAAUAAUAGAUCUGGAACAAAACCUUGUGAGUUUCAUCCCAGAAGAGGUUGCCUCUUUGAUAAACUUGGUUAAACUAUUUUUAGCUCAUAACAACUUGACUUCAGUCCCUGAUACACUGCAUCACUGUCAAAACCUGUCUGUGCUUGAUUUGUCGAAUAACCUCCUGCACAGGCUCCCACCAAGCUUCAAGGAGUUCACCGAAAUGAGCGAGCUUGGGCUUUCAGGUAACAGCCUGGAAAGGUUUCCACGUCAGAUUUGCCAUUGGCCGUCCCUUUGCCUCAUUUACCUGAAAAACACUGGCUUGCAAGUGCUGCCUGCUUCUUUUGCCAAAUUAACUGGGAUGAGGAUAUUAGAUCUGAGUGAAAAUCAAUUUGAUGCAUUUCCCAAACAGAUUUGUCCUAUGAGCAACCUGGAAGUAUUGUCACUGGAUGACAAUCAAAUUUGCAAGAUACCUCUGCAGGUUGCAAGACUCUCUAAACUAAAAUGCCUUGGUCUGACUGGAAACAAAUUCAGUGUCUUUCCUAAGGAAAUCUUUCUCCUCGAGUCAUUAGAGAGAUUAUAUCUGGGACAAGAUAAAGGAAUCAAAUUAACCAGUUUACCAGGAGAUAUCAGCAAACUACAGAAUCUGAAAGAGUUACACCUGGAGAACAAUUGCUUAGAGUGCCUGCCACCAUCCAUCGGCCUGCUGACCCACCUAGAAAUUCUGAACUGUCACAACAACCUCCUUCAAAAGCUCCCAGACUCCAUAUGCCAACUACGAGGUUUGCAGGAAUUGCUGGUCCAGAACAAUAAGUUGUUUCAACUCCCAGGGAAUCUGGACAGUCUUCAGAACCUGCAUCUUGUCCUGCUGGAUGGGAACCCAAUGAUGGACCCUCCAAUUGGAGUGUGUAACCAGGGGAAGCUGGCCAUAUGGAAGUAUUUAAAGGAAAAAAGGGAACAAAAGCUGAAUGCCAUAAAGAUCCAGGCCUGGUGGCGUGGGCUACUGGUGAGGAAGGGAUGUGGGCCUUUUGCUGAGCUUCAAAAACUGAUGAAAAAAGGGAAGAAAGAAAAGAAAGGGAAAGAAAAGAGGAAAGAAAAGCCUGGCAAAGGAGCAAAGGGCAAAAAGAAGUAAUUUCUUAUACAGCAUGUAUAUCAAACUGCUUAGAACUUCUGUAAAUUCCAAGAAUGACACUGGGGGGUGGGGCAGGGAAAAGUCAGUGCUAAAACACCCAAGCAGUAAGUACUACAACUACGGUGAAUACAGCUUUGCACUCUAAUGGCCAAUAUUGUGCUUGUCAAAAUUCCUGCAGUUGAGUGAAGCUGGAUUUGGAAAUAAGAAUUUCUAGCAUUACGAAGUACAAGGGCGAGUGAUUACCUGGAAAUGAAGCCUAUCCGUGGAACUGGAAUUGAUUAAGUGUUCUAAAAUUUGUUUCUCCUACGAUGAUGAAAAUGCUCUUACAGCAAUGCGUAGUGUCUUUUCAUUGCAAUGAAUCUAAAACAAAAGCUAUGCCUAAAACACAGCUUACUUACUGAGGCACAGCCCCCUCUAGGUAAAACAAUCACUGUAACCAUCCUAAUCUUACAAAAAUGUCAAUAGCUAGUCAAAAAGCAUCUCACAAGUUUUUUCCAUAAGGAAUUAUCCUUUCCACUGAAGUGUUUUAUAGCAGCUUUUGGUCAUAGGAUAUUUGGAGUCUGCAAGGCAAGAUAGAUGGAAGUAAGCUUGUGUAGAGCCUUCUAAUUGAAGACAAAGAACUUGAAUGUGAUGUAGUGAGAGGCCCCAACACUUGCAUACGUGCUUUUGUUCAGUAGAAGUCAAUGUGGUUUAAACACAUGCUUAAAAUUAAGUGUACGUAUUUUCCUGUAGGAGCUCUUGCUUUGCUAAAUCAAGGCCAAGAGGAGUAACUGAGAGUAGAGAUGAUUUGCGCGUGAAGAAGGGUUUCUGCUUUGAAGACAAUCAGGAAAAUUGGGUUGUAGAGAUAUUAGAAAGAAUAAAUCAAAAGGAUUUAGACAGAUAGUGGGGUCAAAGUGAGAGGAUUUUCAGUGGAGUUAAAUAUAAAAAAUAUAAAUUUUUCUCAGUAUGUCAAGCAAGAGCAACCAGUGUUAACUCUGAUGCUGUCAGGUUCUCGGCAUUUCCAUAUUAGAAAUAAGAUCCUGCUGACAUGAUACUCAUUGGUAGAAGUGGGUGCAUGGACAGCACAGGCCUCAAAAAGUAUGUCAGCUAUAUGCAAAACAGGAAGUGGAAUUGAAGCUCUUUCUUUCUCUUCAAUGUCCCAUGUUGUAAUCUGUGUCCAGACUCACCAGCAUGGAAUUGCUCUGUUGAAAAUAAUUCACUGUGAACUAUAACCAUUCUUUACUAUGUCUCAACAGACACAUACUGUGACUUCAGUCUCACCUCUUGUGUAGAGUGAAAUGCAUUUUACAAUCAAGCUGUAACUGGAACCAGGAAGUUCACAGGGGCACCCCGAUGAAAGCAUAGACUAAACAAGAGAGAAGGGCAAACAAAGUGACAGCUUGCUGGCUCUUACAAUCUGAAGAGGGGUUUCCUCUGCAGACACUGAUCUAUUUCCCGGGCUGAAAGCUGAAAAAGACCCUUCAAACACAGAAGUGCUUUCCCGGGGUGGGGAGGAGGUUGCCUACUGAGCUAAAUGACUAGAGAUGAAUGGCUCUACAGUCUCUCAGCCAUUGGGAAAAGGCUUCUGCAUGGAGGCAUCCUUGGGGCUAAUUUAUUACUCAAACCAUCCCAAGAUUUCAUAGGGCUUCUCACACAGGGGACACAUUAUGAUAUCCUUAGUUAUUUAAUAUACCCUAUGAUAUGUAUAUAUAAAGAAUUUACUGUGGGGUAAAAAACAGAUAUGGCUUUACCAUUUAUCAAUAGCUGCCCAUGUGCAUGUUCUUACCCCACAAUACAUUGAGGAUAAACUGUAGUAGCAUAGCCCUUGAUGAAAGAGAAAUGAGUUCAUGUAGUUUAGUUACUUGUUAUCAUAGGAUGAGAGCAUGUACAUAUGCAGUUACUGCGAAGCAGCUGAUAUAAAGUAACACCCCACUAUUUUGUCAUGCAAUAAAUUGUCCAUACAUCCAUAUCCUAAUCUGGACCAAAGUACCACUCAAUAGAAGUAAAUGUUUGACAAUCUGGAUCUUGGUAAGGCUACAAUUAGCAUGAGUAAGGCAGUCUGAAUCUGGUCCUACAAAUGAGAAGCCAUCAGCUUCAGCCACUUAACUUAGAGAACACUAAUGAGAAACUGUAAAAACAAGAGUAAAAGGAUCUUAGUCCUCUUAUGUCGCUGCUUGGUUUAAUGCGUCUUGUAAGCUGAGACCAGGGCUAUGUGCAAUGAAUGCCUGAAGCUUGUCCCAGAGUCUCUGCUGUCUUGCUCUAUGGUCUUACAUAAAACACUCCACUAGUCCACGAUGCUGUUCUGUGUCUAUAUGACAAAGAUAAUAGCAUUCCCUCCCCAUGUCACAGGGGGGCUGUAGAGGAUGCGAUUUGAGGUUUGUGCCUACUGUAGUAACCUGAUGGGAUGCCUAGUGAAGGCAUUGGAAAGACUCUUAUUUCAAUGGCCAGUGCUUUAGGCCUUUAAUGCUAGGGUGCUGUACCUCCUGAGAGAAGCAACACAGAAGGGGUGGGUGUGAGGGCAGUGAGGCUACUGCAAUGACUGAAACACCCCCACUCCAAGGAGGAACAGCCCGCAGGACUCCUGUAUCUUAUUGCAACCUUUCUCAAGAUACCUGUUGGUUGCUUUGCAGUACUGAGAAAAAAUGGGCUCUCUGUCUCCAGCCUGCUGCCUACACUGAGGUCGCUUGCAAAGGGGUCAGUGUCUGGCUGUUUACCUCGGUUUUAUGCUGCUUCUACACAAAGGGAAUUCCCCAUCAGCUCUCUAGCUCCUCUGUACCACAAGAGCAGCAGAGGGGGCAGAAAAUGUUUCAAUUUAAAAUGUCGAACAUUAAAAGCAGACAGAUAUUUUAUAUUAGAAAAACACUGGCAUAAUACGAUCCAAGGCAUAUCAUAUUUUCUCACAUAUGAUGCAUAUCUUUUCCCCUAAAAAGCAGCUGCUGAAAAUUGGGGUGAGCUUUAUAAACAAGAAAGAUGGUAUAAGCAAGUUCUUUCUUACUGGGUGAAACCAAAAGAAAAAUUUGCAGUGAUCCACAGGGAGCAGAACAAUGUGCUGGCUCAGCUCCCUGCCUGCUGCUGCUCA